GAACCUGAGAGGACCAUCUGAUAGUGAAUUCUUCUCUAUAUUGAGCAUGAGUGUUCGAAGAAACAUCCCAGAUCAUAUUAUUCGGAAUGGCUUUGUUCCGCUCAACAAGCAUGACUAUUUUUCACGCCGCCAUAACUGGAGACUGUUGCUGGGUCACUACAGAAGUUUCCUCCCACCACCAAAGGACCACCGUGUGCUCAUUGGUAGUUUCCGACGUCCAUAUAAUUAUCCAAGGGCAUUAAGAUUCCAGGUGAGAAUAUUGAAAAGAUCAAGGCUUAUUCUCAGUAAGCAGUAUGGGCUCUUCAGAAGAACUCGGAGUGAUGGCAGCUGUUUUUACAGAGCUUUACUGUUCUCUUACUUGGAGAACCUUGGACAAAUGCAAGAUAGGCAAGCUGUGGUUAUUCGUCUGAUGGAAUGUGUCGAAGUAUCUAUAAAGAGGAUCUAUCAACUUGAGUGGGGAGAAGCAUACUUCUUAAAUCCCAAGGACAACAUCUUAUCUGUUGUUUAUGCUGAGAGUUGGAGCAGGAACAGGAGAAGCACGCCGCGUCGCCCUCGACUGCUAACGCCGCUGCACAAGACCUCACCUCUCGACCCGGAGCAACACCUCACCUCUCGGCGACUCCCCGCGACUCACGUGCUGGUGUGCUACUGGCUGGCUGGUGCUGCUGGCUGGCUGGUGCUGCUGGCUGAUGUUGCUGCUGCUGGCUGGUGUUGCUGCUAG